GGCAGGGCUGCGGGGCGACGAGGCGGCCGUGCAGUCGGCACCAUGGCGUACCCCGGGCACCCUGGCGCUGGCGGCGGGUACUACCCUGGAGGGUAUGGAGGGGCUCCCGGAGGGCCGGCAUUUCCCGGACAAACCCAGGAUCCACUGUAUGGUUACUUUGCUGCUGUAGCCGGACAGGAUGGGCAAAUCGAUGCUGAUGAACUGCAGAGAUGUCUGACAGAGUCUGGCAUUGCAGGAGGAUACAAACCUUUUAACCUGGAGACUUGUCGGCUUAUGGUUUCAAUGCUGGAUAGGGAUAUGUCUGGCACAAUGGGCUUCAAUGAAUUUAAAGAACUCUGGUCUGUACUGAAUGGCUGGAGACAGCACUUCCUCAGUUUUGACAGUGAUAGGAGUGGAACAGUGGAGCCUCAAGAAUUGCAGAAGGCCCUGACAACAAUGGGAUUUAGGUUGAGUCCCCAGGCUGUGAAUUCAAUUGCAAAACGAUACAGCACCAAUGGAAAGAUCACCUUUGAUGACUACAUUGCCUGCUGCGUGAAACUGCGGGCUCUUACAGACAGCUUUCGAAGACGGGAUACUGCUCAGCAAGGUUUUGUGAAUUUCCCAUAUGAUGACUUCAUUCAGUGUGUCAUGAGUGUUUAAAUCAAGAAGGAAGCCGCGGAUAUAAUCGACAUUCCAACUGGAGUUCUCCUUCGCCCUUCCUCUUUGCCUGCAGUAACGUGUGUAAACUUGCAUUGCCACUUUCCCUUAGUAGCUGAUUGAAAAAUUUAUUCCUUUAUGUACAACUGAAGUUUUGUUUUUAGUUUUGAUAAUAAAUUCUUUGUAACUUAAAUAAUAUAAGAUCUUUUACACCAUUUAGAACUUCCUUGGGCCAUGAUCGAUCAUGCCUCAUUUUGUUACUAACCCUAUUUUAUGUAAAUGUAAGUAUGCAAAACGGUUAAGGCAUAUUAUUUUUCACUGUAAGAUACUACAAACUUUUAAUCAGACUAUACCUGUUAUCUUUCCUCUCUUGGAGGGGCUUUCACGGGAUAUUAAAAGUUUUAUCUGUAUUAUAUAAAUAAUUUAGACUCAGUUGGAUGAAAAAAAAGGUGGUCAUUUCUGUCAGGCUUCUCCUCAGUGGAAAUUUAGGACAGGCUUUAAGACUUACAGGAAUUUAAUAGCCUUAUGAAUGAACAAGAGAAUGUGAAUGAUUAUUUUCUGCCUCUUUAAAAUCUAUUGAAUAAUUUGAAUGGCAGUUACUGUCAUCAGAGCCCCCCCCCCGUUAUCAUCUAUUUAAAUCUUUGUUAACUAUACUUAAAAAUAUUGUACAUUAUAAACUAACCUAUAUUUAAAAAUUAAUAAAAAGAUGAAGGAAAUAUAUAAAA